GCAAAAAAGGCAUCAUCUGGUAAAUUACUUUUCUGCCGUCUCUCUGUACAUAUACUACACUGAGGCUACUCGGGCAGGCAGGAUCGCGAAAGAUGAGGGUGCUGCUGCACACCGGUGCUUCCACACACAGAUACAUACACGUAGGCGACUAGCGCAACGGUGGAUUGUGACUCUCCCGUACACACAAUCUCGUCGGAAACGUGUUUUUGAGGCGUAUUGGGAAGAGGCGCGCAGCAGGAGAGGACGAUCUGAUGGUUGCUUCGUCGUCGUCGUCGUCGUGUGAGAUAUAUGCCUGCUGUGCUCUGGCUGCUGGCGUUGGUGCGGUGUGUCGUACCUAUCGUACAUACAAUUUAGUAGCGACUGAAACGUCGCAGCGUAAACACGAGAUUACGGGUUCUCUACGAAAAGGCACACAGCGAUUAGUAAGGUGUAGAGUGUGUCUCGAGAGUGAAUAUACAUAGAACACACAACAGAGACAGACCCGUGGAAGUUAAGGUGGUGCGCCACGGUUUUUGUCGGGUGCUAGGUGAAUACACCUACCUAUGGUUAAUCCGUUUCCGGUUGUUGAGUUGACUUGAUCCAACGGGAGGGUUCGCGACGCGUUAGGACGUUAGAAUCCCGCCUUGCCAGUCAAAGGGAGAAACAUCCAUCCAAGUGAGCCGUGGAACAAAAUGGGAAUGCUGGUUUAACAAAUAGAAAAGCGCACACCUUUGCUGUGCUUGGUGCCACACUUGGAACAAAGGAAUACAGAGUAGAAGAAGUACAAAUGAUCGAAUGGUUUUUAGUGAAAGUAACAAGAAGAUCGAAGACAACGAAGUUUUACCGUCUAAUGACAAAAUCCUGUUUUACACAUUGAUAACAAAACAACGAAAAGGUGAUCGAUCCUCGGCUCAGGCCCUCCACCAAAUAGUAGUGUCCAACGGUUUUGUUGUGAUACACGGCGGAACGACAACCGAAGUUAGACAGUGGAAUAUCUAGUGACUUGUUUUGGGAUAAAAUUAUCACAAAAUGGAAUCUACCCGCAGUGAAGCGAAAAACUUUGACCCUAGUGAAUGGUUUCAGUUUGAUUUAUGAUUGUUAGCGGAAAAUUGAUGGAAGGUUGUUUUUCCCCUGUCCCCGGUUGGUCUCGAUGAGCGGGUUCCACAAUUACAAACCUUUGGUCGGGGAAGGCAGCAAACGGCAGUAGUGAGUUUGAUAGUUAUUGAUUGACCUUCGGAAAAGCGGUUUUUGUUUUUGUUUUUUCGAUUUUGUUCGGCAAGCAAGUGAAAACGGUGAAAAUUUAGUGAAAAAGCCCGUGAAAAAGGUGCAAGCAGAGAGGGCAAUACCCUUAACAAAAGCGGUUCCAAAUGUUGUCUUGCCUGGUGCCGCCUCGUUUCGGACAAGAAGACAGUAUCAUGCCAUCAUCGGCCAAGUUUGCGCUGCAGUUUCCACCAUUGGCAUCCGGGCUUCCGAAAGACGAUGAAAGUAACACACCGCAAACCGAUUGCUUCCUACAAUGUCCGCAGUGUCACACAACACUGCAGGGGUUUCAGGCACUGAAGGAGCACCUCGAAACCGUGCAUUCCAUGAUUAAGCAGGAGCAUGGCUCGGCGACACCAUCCCCACCACUGUCAGCCUUCUACCAGCAAUCGUUCCAAUCGAUAGGUGCUUCCCUGCCAUCGCCACCGGUCUCUUCCUGUGCGCUGGACAGCAGCUGUAACGAGCCAACAUCGCUGGCGACGAAUGGCAGAAGUAGUAGUAGUAACAGCAACAGCAGUACCAGCAGCAACAGCAACAGCAGCAGCAGUAGUAGUAGUAGUAACGGUAGUAGCAGCCGAAGUACCUCGGCAGGUGGUGGUCUCAGUGCCGCCACCGUUGCCGCAAUUGCUGGCGAAGGUGGGCGGUCUAUUAGUCCGGCGAAUAGCAACAGCAGCAGUAUUUGUGGUGGAAGCAGCAUCGGGGUUGGCGGAGGUGUUCACGGCAUCAGCAGCAACGGCACCGGCAACAACUGCGGAGAACCCUACGCAUGCUUACAAUGCUCCGCCUCAUUCCCAAAUCGUGACUUACUUGAGAAACAUGAGCUGAUGCACGUACCUAAUGCUCUGGUGUGCUGCAAAGUAUGCCACAAACAGUUCGCCAACGUGUACCGGCUCCAGCGCCACAUGAUCUCCCACGACGAAUCGACACUGCUUCGAAAAUUCAAAUGCACCGACUGUGAUAAGGCGUUCAAGUUCAAACAUCACCUGAAGGAACACGUUCGUAUACAUUCAGGGGAGAAACCGUUCGCGUGUACCAACUGCGGCAAACGCUUCUCCCAUUCGGGUUCCUUUUCGAGUCACAUGACCUCCAAGAAGUGCAUUAGUAUGGGUCUCAAGCUAAACAACAACAGCUCGGCCGUCGCUAACAACAAUAACAACAACAACGGUUCCGUAUCUGUUAAAUCGGAAAAACACAACCGACGAUCCGGAUCGUAUCUGCCGGGAGGCAGUCCAGCUGCCGCUGGUUUAAGCAACGGUCAGCUACCGAACGGACUUAAUCCAAGCAGCGGCACUAGCGGCAGCUCAACGAAUGCCAACGCAUUUCUUCCAAUGCUGCCGAAGUAUCCGCCAAACUACGAAGCGAUGAACGCGGCUUUUCUGGCUUCCUUCCACAAUCCGUUCUAUCCGAUGGCCGCCCUUAAUCCGAGCAAUUCAGCAUUUAAUCCGUACAGUAUACAGCGCCUGCUGGAGCUCUCGGCGGCUGGUGCGGGUGGAUCAACCCUGAAAACGGAGUCGAUGGAAUCGCUGAUCCUGAAAUCACAACAACAGCUGAACGCUGGUCUCAGUCAAGAUGUCCAGCGAGCUUCGAAAUCUCCCAAUACUCAUUCCGACGCUGAAGAUAUGAUUGAUGAAAUCGUAGAUGAUGGUAACGAAGAGGAGGAAGAAGAGCCUAAAUUAGUGAUGGACGUUGAUGACGAUGAGUACGCUCACGGCGAUCCUGCUGAUGAUUCUGAUAGAAAGGACAUUAAGGUAGAUGAAGAUGACGACGAGGAUGAAGAGGAAGAGGAGGACGACGAGAUUAAUGUCCCGAUUGAAACACAGCCGCUUCGGGUAUCACCCGUAGAAAGGGAGGUACGGCAACAAUCGUUCCCGCAGAUCUCCGCUGAAAACGGAUACCGCAACAUCCUGGACGACAUGAAGCAAAAAAUUCUCGAUGUAGCUCAUCGUAUGUCAGCCGGGGAUCAACUAGUGCAUAGACAAACUGCAACUUCAGCGAACCUAGAACACGAACAGAUUAAAGUUGAACGCCCUGAAACGGCUUCCCCCGAGCUCAACAUAGACACGGAUAAUCCCAGUCCGUGUGUGAUAACUCCUCCGUCGCCGCCAGUGAUUGAGAUUAAGCAAGAAAUAAAGGAACCAGCAGAAACCGAAACGAACAUGAAAUGUAAGGCUCCCGUACUUCAGUGUCAGCAGUGUAAAGCCACGUUCAAUCAUCAAGCAGAAUUAGUACAGCACGAGCAAGUCUUGUGCCAGUCUUUGUUGUUCCAUAAACAGAUGGCAGCAGCAGCGGCGGCUGCCGCCGCAAACAACUAUCUCCCGAUGAAUAGUAGCAGUGAGGACGACGGAGAUUUCGACGGAUCCAAACUGGUUUCGGAACGAAGUGGGAAGGUUCGUGUACGAACUGCCAUUUCCGAGGAACAGCAGAACGAGUUGAAAAAGUAUUACGCUUUGAACAAUAAACCGAACCGGGAAGAGUUCCAAAUGAUUGCCAAAAGAGUCGCCAUGGAGGCACGAGUCGUACAAGUGUGGUUUCAAAACAACCGAUCACGGGAACGAAAGAUGGGUAAUCUAGUGAACGUGCGACCUCCCAUACCAGCGGAAACCGACGGAACCAUACUGUACCCCUCCGGAACACACUCAAACGGACAGAUCGUCGAAGCCGAACAACCUCUGGACCUUUCAAUCAAAAAGCCAGAUUCUAUCCCUUCCAGUUCUCCCCGCUACGGAACAGCACCGCUGACUCAACCUGACACCGCGACUUUGCUGGACGAAGCGAUGAACCUCAGUGUGAAGUCUUCCCGCAGUUCAACACCCUACAAGGGCUUCUAUCCGUACAACCAAUUCUCCACCGAAAUGUUGAUUCGUCAAACUCCCUCUCCGAACGAAGCAGCGGUUCAUCCGCGUCAACAGCAAAUCCGACCGCCGGCUAUACCCAACUAUCCGUCCUUGACACCGACGGCAAGUGGUUUCGUUGGAAUGGAUCGAUUGCUGCAGCAGUUUUCUCCGGAAAUUGCACGAGCACCGGUGCGGGCGGAAAGUCUCAGUCCCAGAGGGGAAAAACGGCCCUGGUGUGAUCUGGAACAGUACGAAGCCGCCGUUAAGCUACACAACCAGUCCCCCUACGACGAACAGAAACUACUACAAAUGCAGUCGAUGUUGAACGUCCCGAAGCGUGUGCUCUACUCGACGGCAAACCAUGGCGCCAAAGAGCAACCGGAUGCCGAAGGACAGUACGUGUGCGAUCAGUGCGAUAAGGCAUUCAGCAAGCACAGUUCCCUCCAGCGGCACAAAUACGAACAUUCAGGACAACGCCCCUACAAAUGCGUAGAAUGCCCCAAAGCAUUCAAACACAAGCACCACCUGACGGAACACAAACGCCUGCACAGCGGCGAGAAGCCCUUCCAGUGCUGCAAGUGUCUCAAGCGGUUCUCCCAUUCGGGCUCCUACAGCCAACACAUGAACCACCGCUACUCGUACUGCAAACCGUACAGGGAGGGCAAAUAAGAUGAGGACCAGGGACGGGAAGUUCCGUCCCCGGCCAUUAACGGGCUCUACCCGCCGAUGGCCGUUUCGUCUGGCCUCUCGCACCACCAGCAGCAUCCACACCAGCAGAACCGACCAGGACGACGUGGACGCCGGGCAGGAUCGGUUGCCUCGUUAGGUUAUCCUGGACCACCGCCACCACCACCUCCGCCGCCGCCACCACCACAACCACCAACGGCACCUGUGUUGGGCACUGGACCGCCCACGGUACCAUUUCCACCGGUAUCGUACUUUGAUCGGCGCCUACUGGUAGACAGCUAUCUGAAUCCAGGUUUUUUGAACUAUGGAAGCGGACUCGGUGGUGUGCACUGAACAAAAUUGUAUAUAUCUACUGUAGUAGCUCCGUAGAAGUAUCCUUGCCAGUAAGGACAUCCUGUAGUUAGUGUUGAUUAUUGGUUAAUAAGUUUUUCGAGGUAUUUUUGGCUCGCGAUCCAAAGCAGAGAAGUCAACGAAUAAUCGUACUUAAAAUUUGAAAAUACGACAACAGAACCAACCCAGCAGUGAACUGAUCCCAGUUACUAACAUUUGAUUAGUAUCGUAAACGACUAGGCGAUGUAUUGCGUCGAAACGUUUUGACGAAGCUGUGCAUUUAAUUCCUUUAUCUAGCGUUUCUUGAAAGCAGUUCUACACAAGAUCAGCUUGAAUAACCAAACAAAAAAAGGAAAACUCUUAAGCAAGCAACUUGAAUCUCAUUCCCUUCGGUAAGGAUUUUGUGUAGCGUAUAAAACUUAAUCUGUUACAUUUUCCGGAUUACUUAUUUUUCUGUAACAUUUAAGUAAUUUAGUCUUUAAGCUGCAUUGCAUUAUAUAUUACACCGAAGAAGGUGUAAGUGUAGUGCGUGCAACCUGUAAAAUACUCAAGUGAAUUCUGUUGCCAUACCUGAAAGCAAAAUGAAGUUAUGUUACAAAAUUCGAAUAAAAGCGUCAUCAAAGGCUGGGUCUAGCAAUUUUUCAUUUUGGUUAAUUUUAUUUUACGUCUACAAACUACGCAACUAUCCCUAAGUGAACUAGAAGAAAACCAGACAAACAUAUACGCAUUUUUGGACCACACGGUGUUAACAAGACAAUACAAUAAAGUAAAUUUAACCUUUAAAAUGUAUUAAUAAUUAAAUUUCCAAACUCUAGAACGCUAACACAAAAUAAGCACUCUUUUCCUAACUUUAUCUUCCAAAUUAUUAAAAAAAAAAUCCC